UGUAGUAUCUUGCAAUUACUUUUUUCCUGUACUGUGUGACAGUGUCACACAUCUCUUUCCCUUCUGUAGCUCCUUAAGAGCAGAUAACAUCCCUUUUCAUAUCCAGGGAGGCUAAGUCUGUGUCUGAUGUGGAGUAGGGACUCAGUACAUAUUGAACUGGCCAUAAUGAUGGGCAAUAAGCAAGGCAGCUUAGCCUGAGCUGUCUAAGUAAAUUUAUAUCCCCUCAGUUGAAGACGAGAAAAUUCUAGAAGUCUUUUAGGGUAAAGUGAGUUUACUCAUUGCACAAAAAUUUAUUACAUACAUGCUAUGUGCCAGAUUUUCUUAGGAAGUUUUAGGUAGGCAGUUUUGUAAAUAGAAGUCUGAUAUUUGAAAACUAUUUAUUACACUCGGGAGUCCUGGGCACUAAGCUAGCACAGGGGAGCCUGUUGAAAAAGAAAAGCUAUCCUUUCUCUGCCAGGAUGUAGUCUGAGGGGGAGAGGCUGACAAAGGGGGUUGAUGGUUGUGACAGGGCUGCUGCAGGCGCUGAGGAAGCAAGAAGACCCUCUCAGAUCUAGUCAGGGGUGUCACAGAUGGCCUCUCUGAGGAAGCGAUGUUUUAAAUAAGUCAUAAAAGUUUAGCAGUGACUUGCCAAAAAGGAAAGAGAAGAGAAUUCCCGGUAGAGCAAACAAGUGUGAAGGCUCAGGUGAGGAAAUAUGGCUUAGUUGAGAAAUUGGAAAAAAUGCAAUGGCAGGAGCCCACAAUGUGAGAGGAAGAACUGUGAGAAAUGAGGCUAGCAGGGUGGGCAAGGGACAGAGUUGGUGGGUUUUGUAAGCCAUGUUAGGGUCUUUGCACCUUAAUAGCCGCAAAGGGAAUGCACUGAAGGAUUUUUAAGUGGGGGAAAUGGCCUUUAGUGAGAUGACUUUGUCUGCUCUGUAGAUAAUGAAUUGGAGAUCAAGACCAGAGAUUAGGGUACUGAUGAGAAGCAGCUGGAAAAAUCCAGGUAACAGUGUGGUGGCUCAGAAUAUGAUGAUGGCAGCACAGAUGGAGAGUGGGGGUUGGUUAAAAGAGAUAUAUAGGUGAUAGAAUGGAUAGGAUUUGGUGGUUGGUUGGAUUUAGAAAGAGAAGAGGAGUCAAAAAUAGCUCCUUAGUUUCUGGCUUGAGAAAAUGGGUGGAGGGUAGCACCAUUUAUUGAGGCAGGAAACAUAGGAGCAGGUUUGAGAGGGAACAGGCUUUCAGUUUAAGGUGCCUACAAGAUAUUUUAAGAGGCUUUUAGAUAUAGGAGGUGUUGAAUCCAGGAAAAAAGUUUGAAUGUGAGAAUCAUAAAGGGCAGAAGUCUAAGUCACAUAUGAGGAAUUUUAACUAGGUCAAACACAAACAAAAAUUGAUUGAACCAAUGUAUGUCAGUGCCUAUGAUGAGCAAGGCUGUGGGAGACAAGAUUUUUAUUUUUUAUUUAUUUUUUUUAUUUUUAAUUAAAAAAAAUUUUUUUGGCUGUGCCAUGGCAUGAAAGAAGCAAGAUUUUUAGAUAAGCAGCACCUGUCCUCACAGAGAGUAUAGUGUAGUCAUGGAGGUAGAUGUCUGUUCAGUUAACUGCAGUGCAAGGCACAGUGUGAUAAGCACUAGAGGAGAGCUGCAAGCAAGUAUUGGGGGACCUCAGAAAAGAAAAUGGUUUGGCAGUGGCUUUGUGGAGGAGUGAGCUUUGAGCUGGACCUUGAAGGGAGAAGGAGAUGAGGGAGAAAGGAGUUUUGGGCUUAUGGAAUAACAAAGGUAGAGAAACCUGAAAGUACAUAUUACACGUUCAGAAAUCUGUGGGAGGUUGGUGUGGCUGGAUCUUAAGAUUCUUGGGAUACUAUAGUUGCAGAUGAAACUGGGAAAAUUUGGGGGCCAAAUGAGGGAGAUUUUGAGUGCCAUGUUAAAUGUGUGCAUUAUAGGCAAACAAUUACUGUGGCAGAGCUGAAAUGUGGAUUCUGUCCUCUGAGUACUAGUUACAUAUUCAAACUUGCAUCCAUUGUCUGUCUAAGCACAGUUCAGCACAGUCCUAAUCAUCUUCAAGUACUCACAUAUCUAAGUAAAUAGAGUGUUCUUAUCCAUAUUCUCUUAUGUGACUCUAUCUUUUCAGCUGUGAAGACUAACAGCUGCAGAAUAACUUGGGGCCCUCUGAGUUUUCAUUAAGAUUGAGAUAAUGCUUUGAGUUACUUUAGAGUCAAGGAGUUUGUGGUACUGGACAGUGGUUUCCCCAACAGCUCUGCAGGGGAGAUGUCAGGCAAGACCCUAUCUCCAUUCAAUAUGAGGCAAAGAGGUAUUAAGACGUUCCUGGAGGUCAUGCAAUUGGAUUCAGCAUUUAUUAAAAAACCACACGAUGCGAACCAUCUUUCUUUUUCCCAUACAACUUAGUUUAGUUAGCAGAUACUUAUUAGUAUCUGCUUAUUAGUAUCUACUCACAAAGGACAGAGCACUUGAUGAGGUAUAAUGGCUGGUUGCAAAGAAAAUAGAUGAUUCUUACUUCCUAGGAGCUUAGUUUGGGAUGGAACUAGUGGUGUGCUGUAAACCAGCUCUCUAGAAGAAAAAAUAUCCUGAUUUGUAAUGUUUGUCAAUUUCUGUGGUGUAUAUUCUCCCAGCAACUGAUUUCAAGCUACCAACUUGAUGUCACUAAACUUGGAGUUGGGAAGCGAUGUGCACAGUUGGUUCUCAGGAGCUGGUAGAGCUGGCUCUAGCAUACCACUGGGUGAAUCACACAUACUAAGAAAACCUACAAUAACAACAGCUCCAGCUAUCUGACUUCAUGUGAAAGAUGGCUAAUGCGGAAGUGAGUGUCCCAGUGGGGGAUGUGGUUGUGGUACCCACUGAAGGAAAUGAAGGGGAGAAUGCUGAAGAUACCAAAACCCAAGUGAUCUUGCAGUUACAGCCUGUACAACAAGGUUUGUUUAUCGAUGGACACUUUUACAACAGGAUUUAUGAAGCCGGAUCCGAGAACAACAGGGCAGUUGUGGCAGUAGAAACUCACACGAUACACAAAAUUGAAGAAGGGAUUGAUGCAAGCACUAUAGAAGCAAAUGAGGAUAUGGAAAUUGCUUACCCCAUAACUUGUGGGGAGAGCAAAGCCAUUCUCCUUUGGAAGAAGUUUGUAUGCCCAGGAAUAAAUGUAAAGUGUGUCAAGUUCAAUGAUCAGUUGAUCAGCCCCAAGCAUUUUGUUCAUCUGGCUGGCAAGUCCACCCUGAAGGACUGGAAGAGAGCUAUUCGUCUGGGUGGAAUCAUGCUCAGGAAAAUGAUGGACUCCGGACAGAUUGAUUUUUACCAACAUGACAAGGUUUGCUCCAAUACCUGCAGAAGCACCAAAUUUGAUCUUCUGAUCAGCAGUGCAAGAGCUCCAGUGCCAGGACAGCAGACAAGUGUGGUGCAGACACCCACUUCGGCUGAUGGUAGCAUCACACAGAUUGCCAUCUCAGAAGAGAGCAUGGAAGAGGCAGGGCUGGAAUGGAACUCGGCUCUCACUGCUGCUGUCACCAUGGCCACAGAGGAGGGCAUGAAGAAAGACUCAGAGGAAAUUUCAGAGGACACUUUGAUGUUCUGGAAAGGAAUAGCUGAUGUAGGACUGAUGGAAGAGGUUGUCUGCAAUAUACAGAAGGAAAUAGAGGAGCUACUCAGGGGAGUUCAGCAGCGGCUUAUCCAGGCUCCCUUCCAAGUCACAGAUGCUGCUGUUCUCAACAAUGUAGCACAUACGUUUGGCCUAAUGGACACAGUCAAGAAGGUUUUGGACAACAGAAGGAACCAAGUAGAGCAGGGAGAAGAGCAAUUUCUCUAUACUCUGACAGACUUGGAACGCCAGUUGGAAGAGCAGAAGAAGCAAGCUCAGGAUCCCAGGCUGAAAUCCCAGACGGUUCAAAAUGUGGUAUUGAUGCCUGUGAGCACCCCUAAGCCUCCCAAAAGGCCCCGGCUCCAGUGGCCAGCCUCUACCACCGUCCUGAGCCCUUCUCCUCCUGUCCAGCAGCCUCAGUUCACAGUCAUCUCACCCAUCACCAUCACCCCCGUGGGUCAGUCAUUUUCCAUGGGCAAUAUUCCAGUGGCCACCCUCAGCCAGGGCUCCAGUCCUGUGACUGUCCACACACUGCCUUCUGGCCCUCAGCUCUUCCGUUAUGCCACAGUGGUCUCAUCUGCCAAGAGCAGCUCACCAGACACAGUGACCAUCCACCCUUCAUCUAGCCUGGCGCUGCUAAGCUCCACCGCCAUGCAGGAUGGGACUACCCUGGGCAACAUGACCACCAUGGUGAGCCCUGUGGAGUUGGUGGCCAUGGAGUCUGGCCUGACCUCAGCCAUCCAGGCUGUUGAAAGCACCUCAGAGGAUGGGCAGACCAUCAUUGAGAUUGACCCAGCCCCAGACCCAGAGGCUGAGGAUGCUGAGGGCAAAGCAGUCAUUUUGGAGACAGAACUGAGGACUGAGGAGAAAGUCAUGGCUGAGAUGGAAGAACACCAGCAUCAAGUCCACAAUGUGGAGAUUGUGGUCUUAGAGGAUUAAGUGGGGGUCUCGGGGCCAGGAGAUAUGUUUUGGUUUGGAAUUUUAAUUAUUUGUUUAUUUUUAUCAUUGUCCCACUCAUUUCCACAUAGGAUCCUUUUUUUUAAAAAACAAAAUCUUGUUGUUGUAACUGAACAGGUUGGGUCCCUUCUACCCCCUCAUUGAAAAAUGGACAAAACAAGCUGCCCUUCCGGAAGUUGAGAGUAGGUCACUCAAUGUCCUAAUCCUCUUACACCAAGAAAGUUAUUUCUUUUAGGGGAGGCAUCAAGAUAACCAGAAACCCUAUCCAGAAAGCCCUUUCCAGGCUAGUCUGUCUGUGUACACAUGUGGUUUUGUUCUCAUAAAGGUGCAUUGACCAAACCAGGGAACACAAAUCUGACCCUGGAAGGCAACCCACUCACACGUGGAUGCAGAAGGAGACUUUAUUUUGUAUCCUGGAAGGGGCCCUCAGAGGCCAAUGCAAAAGUCUGAAACAAAAGUAAGUUGCACUCUGCUUGGAGGGGAAGGUAGUGUACCAGCAGCAGCUUAAAAAGGGAAGUGCUUUGGCCAGGAUGGGGCAAGGAAGUUAUCUUACUUCCAGAAGUGCAACUGAUGCCUCUUAAUAUCUCUGAGGGUUACUAUCAUGGGUGCCGUUUUGAGGCAAGGCCAGUGUUAAGAAGAAGGGUACAUUUCCACCAAGCAAGUGGCGUCAGAGGCCUGUGGCUUGGCAGAAAUAGAUAUCCAGAGACGUCACAGCUGUGCUUUGGGGUUCAGGUUCACCUUGCCCCCCACUUUGUCAAAACACUUACCCUCCUAGUCCAUUCAUUUGCAAACUGUGUGAUGUGUAAAUUGCUGUGAUUCUUGGACUGUGGCUGUUCUCGGGGUGGGGCUCCAAGGCCAUCAUUUUUAUUGCAUGACUCCAGGAGCAGGAGAGUUCCUCAUCCAGACCAGCUGCCCUUUUUUGUGGGGCCCUUUUUUGGCUUUGGAACCAAAAGCAGCCACUCAUUUGGUGCUUCCUCUGUUCUACCCUCCGUCCCUCAGUGGUUAAUGGUGUCUGUCUCCUGGAUCCCACGCUCUUCAGAUUUUUGGCUGAUUCAGAGAACAGUGACAGGUGCCUGCCUGCCUUCAUCCCCUUUUAGAUUCAUAUGUACCAUUGAUACCACAGAUGUUUCUGUGAGAUAUUGAGCUCAUAAAAAAACCUUAGGUUUGGCAGGGAAGACUCAACACCCCACCCCAUCCUGCGGCACCGAGUAGAUGUCACCUCCUGAGCGAGCUGGACUCCCUGGGAAAGAAGCAUUGUCUGCAACAUUAUAUUAUAGGAAAUGUACCAGGAAUGUAAUAAUAAUAUCUUUGGGGGGGGGGGGUUAUUUUGUUUUCUCUUUUUUUUUUAUGUUUUUGUAUAUUUAGAGAUGGGCCCAUUUUCCGUGCUGUGAUUCCUUCUCUUUGACCAUCUUCAGUGUCUGGGGCAAGAGCGGAGCCUGUUUUUUGUUUCUUUGAUUGCAUUGUUUACUGCACUAGGAAAAAUAUAGGGAAACUGCAGACAAUUUAAAAGAAAAAUAGGUCAAAAAAGAAAGCAUACAUUUCAGGAGUGGGAGAGUCUUUUUUUUUUUAAUUAAAUACAAAACUUUGACCUGUAGUUUCCUUUUUUUUUGAAGGCACCCACCUGAAGCUAUGUUUCUUCCAACAGAUGUUGGAAACCCUGUUGUUAAGCAAGUGAAAACUGCGUCCUGCCAUCCCUCAGAUAGCUGUGUAUAGCUAGAGAAGCCCUCUAACUUGAAAGGGUCAAUCUUAAAAGCCUUAUGGGUGAGAUUUCUGAACCCCAUACAGUUGUGGUUUUCAGCUUUAAGAUUGGGGUUUUAUUUUUCUUUUCAAAAUAUUUAAUAGACAUAGCAGUCAGUUUAGAACAAACCUUUGGCCCUUUAUAUAUCUUUAGUGAGGGAAGUGGCUUUUAUUUCUUGCUUCUUUAGGUUUUCUGUUGGUACAUAAACAAAAACAAAAUUUCUGCCUAAGCCUAAAACUGCUACUUGAACCUAGAAAGGCACAUGUCACCCCUAUUGCGGUUUUUAGGGACACUUUUAUCUUUCCCAGAGACAAGAGGCUCAAAUCAGGACAGAGGAGGAGCCCUGGAGAACACCUGCUCACCAGCUCAGGUUCCUUUCUUUCCUCCGUCAGAGCUGUUGGUAGUGUUUUAAAGUAGUGUGAGCGUCAUGCUUCCGAAGUCAAGAGAUCACCUCCUAAAGACAGAGCCUGUUUACUUUCACUAUCUGAAUAUUCCAACUGGUGGAAAUACAUGAGCUUUGUUGUUUUCCUGGUCUUCCAGUAGCCUGUCAUUAUUGCUAGAUGCUAUGUACCCAUUCUUGAGUGUGGGUUUCCUCACAGCCCUGGUCUAGAUCUCAGACGGGGUGAGGCACAUGCAAGCCACUGGUAUGUACACAAGCAGUUGCAAUGAAUCAUUCCUCAGGCUGAGUUGGCAGUAGCCAUCUAAUCUUUCUGUUCAUUCAUUAAAUAAACAUUUGUAAGUACCAUCUAUGUGCCAGGCUUUGUGCUAGGCACUGGCAGUACAGAGAUGAAGGCUCAGUCCAUG